UCUUGAGGUAUAUGUAUUACUUCAGAUUCACAUUUUUCACAAUAACGACUUUCUUCUUCUUCUUGUUUUCUUAAGGAAGAGGGUGAUGAAAAAUUGUUGAUUAAAGGGUUAAUUUUUCGAUAUUUUACAUUAGAAAGAGGAAAUGACGGUCAGUUUCGAGUGCGGUGACGAAGAGACAAGCAAUGGUGGCGAAUUCAUCUGGGUUGGAGAAAUAAUCAGGCCGAAAAAUUGAAUGCUGGAGCGUCCAAGAAACGACUGAAACUUUUUAACAUCUCGAAUUCAUACAACUGUAUCUGCUCGUAAUGCGAUUUCUCACUCCUCCAAAUUUAAAUACGGAGGUUCCAGAUGCAAUGGAGAUGAUAUUUCAAUCUGCCCUAGCUUUGGGUAGAAAGGGAGUUGUACAUGCGUUUGUUGCUCCCAAAGUUAUAGAUGGGAAAAAUACACCCUCUCCAGUUAGGGAACUUGGAACGGGAGAGAUAACCCAGGCUCUGGAACUAAUUGAUGUUUGCUAUGAGCAGAGAUGAUGACAGAGAGGAUCGGAAGGCAGGACAAGGAGGAGGACAGAUUCUUCUCUCGUUUGAUCGGGGGAAUAAUGAGUUACAUGACUUCACUGUUCUCCUUCGAAGAACAAAUCUAAAUAAGUUGUUAAUAGUAAGUCUUUAACCAAGUUAACUAAGAGAAAUGAGAUUCCAAUUAUGUUUUCUUAGUAAUUAUACUACUUUAAUCCAUUAAAAUUAAUAUCUUAAGAGAAAUCUAUUUAUUUAAUCAAAGAUAAUUUAAAAGUAUAUAGAUAAAUGAGAAGGGACAUCCAAAUUUGUUCCGUUUCCAUGAACCGAAAACUUAUCCAUGAUUAAGUUACACCACCUGGAUAGUGGCAAUUAGAGCUGAUAGUUGGAAACAAAUCAGAAAACUUGAUAAAAAAUGAGGUGUUUUCUUAAAUUUGUAACCUUUUAAGUUCCUUUUUGAUGUUUAGUUAAUGCUUAUGCUAAAGACAUUUUAAGCUUCUGUCUAGAUUGUGAAACUGGUGAACACUUGACAGUUUAAGAAUUCAGAUGUUUGGGAUGAAACGUUUUAUUGAAAUGUUAUCAUUUGAAGAAGUUAACCUGAUAAAUCAUGCUAGAUAAUUGCUCAGUCACCUCUCACUUCUCUGAAAAAAGACGUUGACCAUUGAAUGUCUUAUAUCUAACUUGAGGAUGUGAAAAAAGUUCAUCUGCAAGUCCCCCUUCCUUCAUUUGGGAAUUUCGUUUUUUUGAAAUUGAGUAUAUUUAGCGGAUUUGCCUUUUGCUCAAUAUAACUUCUCCCUUGCCAAAAUGAUUAAUUCUAGUUUUUAUUUUUCUUUGGUUGUGUGUCAGAUUAGUCUUGACAGACUUUUUUUUUUGCAGGAUGUCAAAUCCCCAGAGUCAACAAUAUUGCAAUUCAUUUUGUUGCAUAUGCCUUAUUUGUCACUGUGCAUUUUCAAAGGCAAAGCUUUUCUAACAUAUAAUUUUACAGAUAUUUGAUGGUCAUGGAGGACCAGAGGCUGCAGCUCAUGUGAGGAAAAUUGUACUCUCAUUAUUAUUUACAGACACCAUUUUUCCUGAGACUUCAGAAGUUGAUGAUGCAUUUCUAGAAGGGGUGGAGAGUUCUCUUAGUAAGAGGUUUCUUCUAGCUGACCUCGCUUUAGCAAUAUUAGCAGCUCUUGUGUUGGGAAGGAAGAGGACGAAAGUGUUGUGGAGAAAUCAAUUGAUGGUAUCGUUACAAAUUAUGAGUUGACAAAACAACAUAGAGACAAACUUCAACUCUUAUUCACCAAGGAUUGUUAAUGUUGCUUCUUUCUUUGGAACUAUGACCCUUAACUGUGAAUGUGCACAAGUAGAUAUUUAAAUUUGUAUAAAAUUGAUUAAGUAGACACACGUGUUCUACAUGGCAUGAUACACUUUUGACGCAAAUUUUCCAUGUAGGACGAAUGUGGCACUUUGUUCAAUUUUAUACAAGCUCAAGUGUCUACUUGUGCAUACCUAAAGUUAAGGAUCAUAACUGCUAACUGACUUCAAGUUAAGGAUCAUGUUUAUAUAUUAUGCCAGAAUAAAAGUGAUAUGGGCAACUUGCUUUUAUGUAAACCUAGGAGUAGUAUAUAUACAAUAUAUAAUGGUCCUAGUCGCACUAAAAACCAACCCAAUACACUGUUGGACAAAAAAUAUCCUUUCAAUAAUGGCAGAGAAAAUCACCAGCCUCCAGAGCACAAGGUAUGCAGUAGUGACUGGAGGGAACAAGGGAAUAGGAUAUGAAACAUGCAAGCAAUUAGCAAGCAACGGAGUAGUGGUAGUGUUGACAUCAAGAGAUGAAAAAAGAGGGAUUGAAGCUAUGGAAAGGCUUAAAAAGGAGUUAGACAUUACUGAUCAGAUCUUGUUUCAUCAACUUGAUGUUAUGGAUACACUUAGUAUUUCUUCACUUGUGAACUUCAUCAACACAAAAUUUGGAAGGCUUGAUAUUCUGGUUAAUAACGCUGGGGUUGGUGGAUCAAUGAUGGAAGAAAAUUGUAAUAUUCUUACAAUAAAAGAUUUAAUAGAAGGAGAUUUCGUAACCAUUUCUACUAAAAAUGAAGUUGUGGACGAAAGUGUUGUGGAGAAAUCAAUUGAAGGUAUCGCUACAAAUUAUGAGUUGACAAAGCAAUGUGUAGAGACAAACUACUAUGGUGCAAAAAGAAUGAUUGAAGCAUUUGCUCCUCUCCUUCAACUCUCUAAUUCACCAAGGAUCGUUAAUGUUGCUUCUUCCUUAGGAAAAUUGAAGUUAUUGUGUAACGAAUGGGCUAAAAAUGUGCUAAGUGAUGCAAAAAGCCUAACAGAAGAAAGGAUAGAGCAAGUGUUAAAUGAAUUUCUCAAAGAUUUUAGAGAAAAUUCAGUUGAAUCCAAAGGAUGGCCAACUUACUUUGCAGCUUACAAAGUGUCAAAAGCAUCGUUGAUUGCCUACACAAGAGUUUUAGGUUCAAAAUAUCCGAAUUUUCGCGUUAAUUCGGUGUGCCCUGGCUAUUGUGGCACAGACAUGACUGCAUAUACUGGAAGUUUAACUGCUGAAGAAGGUGCUGAAAGCUUGGUGAAACUUGCUUUGUUGCCAAAUGAUGGACCUUCUGGCCUCUUCUUUUACAGAAAGAAUGUCACCUCUUUUUAAAUAUUUAGCUAAUUCAACUAUCAAUAAUUGUACCGAUUCAGAAAUUAUAACGUUUAAAUUCUUGUCAAUUUUUUUUUCAUCGUAACAUUGUAUUGCACACAUUGAAUUCUGUGAAGAAAUGUUUGAAAUUUUAUGCUUUUAGGGAAAAUGCA